CAAGUGGCCAGUUGCCCGCGACGGUUCGCGAUGACCAAACGCGAAAGUAAAAGUUUUCCCAGCCAAGUGCUGAUAUUGCUCCUGAUUGUCGGUUUGCCUGAGCUCCAAUGCGAGUCCUUGAAGGAGUCCUUUCCGCAGGCCAAGUUCGAAUGGCCCUCGUUUGGAUGGAUGCGCAACAAAACCACCAAAGUAACGCCCUCUUUGGACAUGAAAAACGACUACAGCCAAAUGGAGUUGGCCAACUUCGGGGACUUCGAUCGCCAUCCCUGCAGAAGGGUUUGCCAGCAGGGUCAGUCGCAGAAUUGCUACUACCAACUGGUGGUACACAACUACCAAAGACUCGGACCGGAAUGCCAGAGGUGCCAGUACGAUGAGAGGGCCUGUGCGGCGGAGCAUUGCAUUUUUGGCGAUGGAGUGGCCACUCCAGUGAUGGCGGUCAACCGCAUGGUGCCAGGACCUCCGAUAGAGCUCUGCGAGAACGACACAGUGGUGGUGGAUGUGCUGAAUUACCUGGGUGAGCCCACCACGAUGCACUGGCACGGCAUCCACAUGCACCGAACUCCCGAAAUGGAUGGAGCCCCCUUCACCACCCAAUAUCCCCUGCAGCCUGGAGAGGUUCAGCGGUACGAGUUCCAGGCGGAUCGCAGUGGGACUCUCUGGUACCACAGUCAUGUGGGUUGGCAGCGGGGAUUCGGCGUGGCAGGAGCCUUGGUGGUUCGCCAAACGCGGCAGGAGAACCAGCACGCGCAGCUCUACGAUUACGAUCUGAUCGAGCACACGCUGAUGAUCCAGGACAUCUUCUACGAAUACAACCUGCAGGACGUGCGCAAUAUUCUGGUGAACGGCAAGGGUCGCAAUCAUCUCAGCCAGUUGCCGGACAGCGACAAUCGCCAUCGCUACGAAAGACUACGAGUUACGCCCGGCUAUCGCUAUAGAAUGAGAAUUAUCCUGAAUGGAAUCUUCAACUGUCCCGUGGAGUUUUCCAUCGAACAGCACAAACUGCUGAUGAUCAGCACCGAUGGCAACGAUAUAGAACCUGUACUGGCAGAUGGUUUCUUCUUGACUUCCGCGGAGCGAUUUGAUUUCGUUUUGGAGGCCAAUCAGUACGCCAAAAACUAUUGGAUCAGGAUUAAGGGCUAUGAGCAGUGCGAGGGUCGCAAUCUUUACCAGGGAGCAGUGCUCAGCUAUCGCGGAUCCACUCGCUCAGAGUUGCCACAAGGUGACAUCCUGGAGAAGCAGAAGACGAGAUUCGCAGAAGAAGAUCCGAUAUUGGUCAACGAUUUCCGCUUUGGGUCAGUGAAUUCAUCAGCUUCAUCCUCCCUCCGCCAAUCCUUGGAUAAGGAUAAUAAUGUAGGCACUGUGGCCUUGCGAUCCGUGGUUCCUGUUCCCUGGACUCGUUACACCAAGUUCCUAACCCACUACUCCAGUUUCGGAUCGAGAACGGCGCCCAACGGGGAGACACUCUUCCAGAUCAGCGAUAUCUCUUACAACUCCCCGGGAAUAUCCUUGCUGCAGGGCAGGCACCUCUACCAGGACGAUGGAUACUUCUGCAACAAGAGCUCCUUGGCUCUAGAGGGCCGAAAUUGUGAAAGGGAGAUCUGCGAAUGUGUCCACGUAAUGAGGCUUCCGGCCUACCGUCCUCUGGAACUGGUUGUGGCCAACUAUCUGGAGAGCACGCAUCCCUUCCACAUCCACGGUUUUACUUUCCGCCUGGUUGGUCAAGGAGUAGUGGGAAAUAUAAACGAUCUGCGCAACAUACGAGAUCUAGAUCGCAGGGGACGCUUACCCCGAUUAUCGGAUGAUAGUGCUGCCGUGGCCAAGGAUACCGUACAAAUUCCGGGGCAGGGAUACAUUAUCGUUCGAUUCAUAUCCAACAAUCCUGGAUUCUGGCUAUAUCAUUGCCAUAUUGAAGCACAUGCCGUGCAAGGAAUGGUGGCAGUUCUGAAAAUCGGGGAAGACCAUCAAAUGAAGAACAUUCCAGCUCGUGUGCGCUGUUGAUAAUUUGUAUGUUUGUCAAACCCUUUUUGACUCACCUGUAUUCGACAACAUGAGUUCCAAAAUAAUUCAUAUAAAGCUAGUUAUAAUAAUUUAUUCGAAAUAAAAAAAAGUUUUUGCAGUGUA